GUCUCUGGCCUCGCCGGCCUUGGGGGGAUGGUGCCAUCAUGGCGUCAAUGCAGUUACAUGCAAUCCAGAAGCAUAUGAUUCUCCUUCUGACCUAUCAUCUCACCACAUAGGCGUGUUUAUCAUCUUCCAUCAUUAAAAAAAGAAGGAAACGACUGCAGAAAGAACUGUUGGCUUUGCAAAAUGACCCACCUCCCGGGAUGACUUUAAAUGAAAAGAGUGUUCAAAAUUCAAUUACACAGUGGAUUGUAGACAUGGAAGGUGCCCCAGGUACCUUGUAUGAAGGGGAAAAAUUUCAACUUCUAUUUAAGUUUAGUAGUCGAUAUCCUUUUGACUCUCCUCAGGUCAUGUUUACUGGUGAAAAUAUUCCCGUUCAUCCUCAUGUUUAUAGCAAUGGUCAUAUCUGUUUAUCCAUUCUAACAGAAGACUGGUCCCCAGCGCUCUCAGUCCAAUCAGUUUGUCUUAGCAUUAUUAGCAUGCUUUCCAGCUGCAAAGAAAAGAGACGACCACCAGAUAAUUCUUUUUAUGUUCGAACAUGUAACAAGAAUCCAAAGAAAACAAAAUGGUGGUAUCAUGAUGAUACUUGUUGAUGCCACUGUUAACAUCCUCCUAGCAGAAGAUAGUCCUACUGAGAAAAUGAGCACUUUGAUCAUUCAGUCUUUGAACUUUAACCUUUGACUGGAAGUGACCUAUAGGCUAUGAAGACUACUUCCUUUUUCUGCAUUUUUACUCGUGUGCAUUCUGGGCGCAUGUUGAUAGCUGGUUCAGACCAGGCAACUGACAUGCUUUUUAUUAGUCAUACAGUAUUAAUGCAGGUGUCAGGAAAUGUCAAAUAUAAUUCCAUUUUUUAUUUUUAUUUUUUUAAGCUUUUGGAAGAGUUCUAGGUCCUCAUGUAUUGUGCAAUAACAAUGAUUUCCUUGACGGUUUGGGAGCGUUCAUUGCCGGCAGUGGACGUACUAACAGGAAAAUUUUCAUUAAUUCCUGCCACCCAGUGAUUAAUGCAUGACAGGACCUAUGAAAUGAACUUAUCGGUUAUAGUGGGAUUAUAAAUAAAGUGAGGGAUCCAACAUUACUUUGAAAGUCACCCCAACUGUUUAUAUUUGGAUUCUAUGCACUGUGAUCUUAAGGUUAACAGCAUGAAUUAACAUGCGUCUUUAAAGGACUGUAAUGAAAGAUCAUUGCGUAUUUAUUUGUUUAUAUCUGCUGUCAAAUUGUUUUGACGUGGAAGGUUUUCAAGUAACAUUGGCAGAGAGGUACAAUAUGUUAUCCCUAUGGUGAAAUAAAUUCAUUCGUUGUAUAUAGUUCCUUAAUCUCUGAAGUAAAGGUAUGAGUAAUAUAGGGUAUGAAUGGUUUAAUCAAGGGUUUGUUUUGGAAAUAAGAAAAAUGGCAGUGAUGAUUAAAUUACUGCAGUCCAUAAUUUGGGUUUGUUAUUUGUACAUUAACAGUUUUCCAAGUAGAUUACACUCUGUUACUUCCUGCUAGCCAUCAGCAUGAGCCCUACUGCCUAAACACUAUUUCAUUUAUUUAUGUUUGGAAAAUCCAUGAACAUUUUUUGUUUGCGAUUUUGUUUCUUUUGUUGUUUUCAGUCAAGUUUGAAUGUUACAAUACUUUAAUUGAAAAACGCUUGUUUUUUCCUGUAAAUUUUCUUUACUUGUAAGUAUCACUUUGUCUUUCAGUCCUGUAUCCUAAAAAAGAAAUACAUUUUUGACAGAGGCUUAAUGUUUUAACAAAAGAGUGUGGACAUUUUUAUUUUAAAAUUUAUGCAAAAGUACACUGUAGAGUGGUAUGGUUGCUUAUUUGUCUCACACAACCAUAGUUUUUCCUGGAGGGAUUUGUUUUCUUAUUGUUUAAAGGACUUUGCUUACAGCUAGAUAAAAUUUUUCUAUAGAAAAAAAAGUUGUUGAAAGGUCCAAUUCUCAUUACCAUAUAAGUUAAUAAGUUAAUAAUACUGCAACCAGGCUCUUUUUAAAAAGGGAUUACUGUAUUUUAUAAAUUAUCUUUUCACAUAUGCAAGAUCUGUUUCUACUACAAUGUUAUUUUUACUAAUGCCUGUUAUUGCACCCAUUUUGAAAUAUCCUGCAGUGAAUAUAUGAAUCGAUUUGGGCUUAAAAAUAAAAGCCAGUUGGCUGAAACGUUUGAAAUACAUACCCCAGUAAAACCAUCCAAUCAAUAAUUGGCAAAGAAUAUUUAAAAAUUUGUUUUUAAUCUCUGUAUAGAUGACAUUUUGUAGCUUUGUACAUGUUGUUAAUUAAGGGCAUGUAAUUUUACACUCAAAGUAUAAUUGUUGAACUCAGGGGUGGGUAGACUUCAAAAAUAUGUCUGCUGUGGAAAUAACUUGAAAAACAAAACAAAACUGAAACUAUGGCCAGCCAUCAAAUUGUAGACAUUGUUUAUACUGAUAGUUAGCAACUACCACUUUUUAAAAAUCAAAAAUAUUUUUGUUCUAUCUUGACUAAAUACACAUAGGUUCUCACAAUAGUCAUUUUCGAUCUUAUUAGUUGGCCUCUUUAACCAAGCAAGAAAAUGUUUUUUGGAAUGCUUUGAACUACUUGGUUUUUAACUGUUUUUUAAUAUGAAAAUUGCAGCUGUAAAUUAUGUAUUUUUCAUAUUUUACGUAACUGCUCUAAACUACUGAAAUUGACUUGAUCGUUUUUGGGGGUGUGGGUGGGGGCUCUCUCUCCAUACUGCUGGUCCUCUUACUAAAAUCCUUUUAUAAAGAAAUGACCUGUGACAUUAGUCACUACAGGAAUUAAUAUACCAGGUCAAAGAUUAACAAUGCUAUACUAUAGAUUAAUAGAUCAUAUAUAGCCUCAGUUGAGUUUUUUAAUACAAAUAACAGUAUUUUAACAUACCUCUCUCUCUCUCUCUACUUAGAGAUACCAUAAAAUAAAUUAAAAUAACGCAGAGAAAAGUAAAGGAAAACCAGAUAAUUUCAAUACAUUUUAUGGCUUUUAAAGAGAAGAAAAUAAGAUGAAAUAUCCCUAAAAUAUAGGAACACCAGCCAUUCAAAAUUUGCAAUCAGAUAACUAACCUUAUUCAUUGCUCCCGUGAACUUAGAAAUCAUUGAAAACUCUUCUGUACUUAGAUUCAAUUAAUUUUAAAUAUAAGUUACAUUAAAAGUCAUAAGACAUUUACAUGAGUCAUUGCUUUAGUGAGGGCAAUUAAUGGCUUUGUAAUAAUGGAAAGAAUAGUUCUUCAUAAUGUGUUGUUGAAUGGCAACCAGAAUACCAAGAAAAUGUACAUAGAAACCACACUACUUCCCUCCUCCCUGCAUUCCCUUUCUGGGGCACUGUCUGCUGCAUAGGCCUACAGAAUUAUACUUUCGUAUCUAGACAAUAUGUACGCUCUCCUUUAUUUAUUUAUUUAUUUAUUUAUUUAUUUGAGGGCCAUUCUCAUUUGCCAAAUUCUGUUAAGAUGAUAUGUUCAGUUCCUUAUUUUACAUGCUUAGAUCAUGAACUUGGUGCCCUUUCCAAAAAAAGAAAAUGUGAAGUAGGUACUAAUGCCAUAGAUUAAAGAGAAAUGGUUUUCAGAUUUCUAAGGGAAAUUUUUAAAAGUAAAUUUUAUGGCUGUUCUCUUAAGGAAUUUAAUAUUCACCUCUGAAGGACUUACAUGUAAUGUGUAAAUUCCUCCAUUUAACAGGGAAAGAAAGCAUUUUUUAAUCCCCAAAAGAAAAUGCUAGAAAUAGCUUUUAUAUACAGUUCAUCUGGAGAAAGAUCUUAAACCCACAUUGUUUUGACUACAUAUAUAAAUAUUUGGUAUAAAGUUGAAUAGUUUAUUACUUUUUCCUUUCUGAAAUUUUAAAUAUAUGCAAAAAUACAUAUCAUUAGAUUCUGGUGGUGGAUAAUAAUUUCUUCUGAUUCUAGAACAGGUAUCUAGUGACUACUUAAUUGUUCCCAGAUUGCAUCAAAGAUGAAUUGACAAAUAGUGGAAAAGUAUAGUGAUAUAAAACUGGUAUGUUAACUACAUAUUACUUGUUUCUUGUAAUCAAGUCUUAUUUUUUUAAAAAGUGUUGUUUUUGAGAAUUGAGAUAUUUAAAACUUGUUAAAGCUUCUUCUUGAAAUUAGAAGAGAAGAGGAGGUACUGUGUGUUUAAAAACUUUUUUUUUUUUAAUAAAGGAUUCAAUGUCACUAGUUCUAAGCCUUUAUGGUUACUGCUGCUUGUAUUCUCGAUCUCACUUUCAUUUAGUUUUUGUAUAAAUUUUAGCUGAAUGCUUAAUAUUUAUAAUUGUGUAUGUAAGUUGGUUUUCAAAAAGCUAAACCGUAUGUUUAAUUUCUGAGUAUUCAUUGUUGUCAAAUCAGCUGCUGCACUAUUCUGUGUUAUGCUAAUGCCUUUACAUGAUUAAGAUAUGUGAAGAAGAGGUCUUUUAAUCUGCACCACCUGGCCCUAAUCCUCCUUGCAGUCUUUGUUUUGUUUGUUUUCCCUCUUUUAUUUUUCUCCCUGUCUCUCACAGAUGUCCAGUGUAUCAGCCUUCAGCUGUUUCCCUUUCUGAUUUCUCUAAAUUUUCCUUUCCCUCUCUCCCUCCUACCUUCCCUCCCACCUUCUCUUCUCCCUUCUCCUUUCCCUUUCCUUUUCUUGGGUAUAAGGAAUCCAGACUAGGAAAAUUAUUAAAAUUACAUCAGAAUUUUUUUUUAAUAAGAAGACUCCUUCCUAUAAAUACAUAUAUCUAAUACCUAAUUUCAGUUAAUCAGUAGAUGGCUAAAUGUUUUGAAUAAUUGACUACUUGAUAAAUGAACUGUUGACUAUCAUUUAAUUCAUAAAUACCAAUAUUGAGGAAAUUUUGUUCACUUUUUGGAUGGUAACUCUCCCAAAGCCAAAUUAUUUCCCAAAUAAUUAAAUUACUUAUUUUGGUAAAAGUGUUUUUCCAUCUAAGUUUUUAGACCAUUUUGAGAUUUGGAACUGUUCCUCCCCCCCGCCAAAAAAGUAUUUGUAUGAGACUUUUGCUUUCUCAGCAUAAAUUGUGCAUUAAUUUAAAGACAGGCUUAUAUACAUCAUUAUCAUUAGAAGCCCAUGGACUCAAAAUAAGUAUUUCAAGAAGAUCUCUGUCCUUCAAGUUGAAGUUCUGGUUCUGACUGUGGUCCUGAUAAUUGAGGUGUUUUUUGUUAUUUUAAUUCCCAAUUGUUAGUACUGAGACCUGUAUUUAGUGGUGAAUCUUUGGAAUGAUUACAUUAAUAUCUUUUUUUAUGAAGAGGGUUUGGUUUAUAAACCAAUAUAGUAUCUGAAGACAUUUUGAACAUGUGGAAGGAAUGCCUGAAUAGAAGCUGGUGUAUCUUAAUAUAACUAAGGAACUCCAAUUUUUUAAGUUGAGUGCACUUGACUGGGAAAGGAGAAACAGUCCCUGAUCUCUUUUUGGCACAUACACUAUCAUGGUUUUGAGAAAAGUUUGCUCCUACAGUAAUUUUAAGCUAUUUUCUCAAAGCCAAAACAUGGUUUUGAAACUUACUGGACUUUGGCUUGUUAGGUGUGACAUCACUUGUCAAAUAUCCUUCUACAUGGAAAGAUUGAAUAAUCCUGCCUCUCUAAUUUUAAAGCCUGAAACAAGACUAAGCAAUUUGGUAGAUUGUGUCAGUACCAUAAAAAUGCAAGUCUCUACAUAGUUAACCACAGAUUGCUUACAUAAGUACAAAUUGAUUGUCUGGCUUGAGGUAAAAUAAUUAUUCAAAUAGAUUAUUAGGUCAGUUUUCUAGUAGCCAAGAAUUAAGUGCAUGUUCAAGUUAAAAUGGAUUUGUUGUUUUUGGUUAGUACUGUGUUUCAAUAUUCAGAAAUACAGAUUGUACAUUGUUUUAAUAGGAAUGGAAGUUUGUGCUUGAGAACUUGUAUAGGGGGGAUGUAUAUAUUUUAUAAAUUCAAGUUGUAAAAUAUGUAAAGCUACUGCUUUUUAAAUAGAAUAUAAAUGUUAAGGCAGACAAAUCUAUAUAUUAUAUAUUUUUAAAUACAUGUAUCAAACUUUUGUUAGUUGAAUAUAAAUUGUGUGCUUUAUGGCCUUUAGUAACUUUUAAUAAAGCAGUUGUCAUUGAUCUUUUUUCUGUAGACUUGAAUACUAAAUUGAAUAGGUAUUAAACCUCUUUUUAAUUUAUAAUAGUGUAGAAGUUUAUUUGUAUAAGACUAAUCUUUAAAGGUCUGUGGAAAUAGUAGCAUGUCCGUGUCCAUAAUGAGUGGAACAGAAAGAAGAUAGUCACCAAAGCCACUUGUUUGCUUAUGUAACAGGUCAUCUUUGCUUAGUAGUACAGCCUAGUGUAUUUUAGAGGUUCUUCAUGCUUUACAUUAAGUCCUGAAUAAAGACUGCAUUUUUAGAAAAGUUGGAAAUGGAGACCCAGGUACUUGCUUAGAGUUACUAUGAGUCUUGUAUUGCCAGAACCUCAGGUUGUACAGUUAAUAUGGACAUAUUGUAAAUAAUUUAUAGGUGCUUUCCUGAGUGUACAAACAGAUAAACUAACUUAAAUGAGUGACUCCUGAAGCUUUGAAAACAGAGAAGGAAAUAACAGAAGGGCAUAUCUCCACAUCUCAGUUAUUCCUGGUAGGAAGAUAGUCAAUAUGUUCUACUGUUCCUAAGCUUUGCACAGGGGAUUUACCUGCCCCAUGAGCAUCUUAAUCUCAUUGGGGUAGCCAUAGUACUAUAGAACCAUCUUACCUCAACAAGCUCUUCCUAAACAACUGAGGGUAGUCACUGGUUAGAUAAAUGCAAGACCUCCUUCCUUUGUACUUUCAUGGCAUUCUCUUCCUUUGUUAAAACCCUUAAAAUAAUUUCUACCUCAUAGAAGGCAGGACUUCCUCCACAGUUGAAGUUACUGUAGAUAAGUGAUUCUGUGGAAGUCCUCCCUAUAUCCCUAAGUACUUUUCACAUUUAACAUAACACAUAGCAAAAUCAAACAUGAAGUGAAUUGAAGGAUCAGAUGACAUAGCUAAGAGUUUUCUGUGCUUAGAUAAUGUUGUCCAAGGCAACAAUGGUUCUGUAACUGUCCUAUUGGGAAACCCUGUCAGUCAAAUGUGUUAAAUUGUUUAUGACAUUUCUUUUUAAUGUUUGCUUAAGGCAAAGUAUGUAUAUAAGUGGGAGUACUUUUGUGUCCUUCCUACUUUAUUGGAGUAUAGAAAUACUUGAAUAAGGAAAGUUGAAAUAAGAAACUAAGGUAGAAAAUACCUUCUCAUAUAAAUACUCUGCCUUCAAGAACCUAAUAUGGACAGCUAUCUCCUGUAGAAAAGAUAUCCAAUUUCACAUUAAAAAGUUUUUAUCUCUAGUCUUCCAAAAAAGCAUAUUUCUUAUCUUUCCUAUCAUAAUUAGUGACAUUCCUGUCCAAAUGUAACAUCAAAUACUAUUUGCUAGUUCUCUGACAUUUUCCGUGUCUUAAGUCUUAUUAAACCUAUCUUUAAAACUCUGAUUUCUCCCUUCUUCCAGUCUCCUUGACAUAUGGCCUUUUACUGCCUGAUCCUGUCGUUCCCAGGCUGCUUUUCAGCUGUCCACACACCAGGUUCCACAAGUAGUAGCAAAACAAGACCACCUGUACUUGGCUAAUGUUCUUCCCUAUUUCUAGAAUGUUCAUUAUCUGCUUUUCUACCUGAAAGAGCCAAUUCAAGUAUACAUAUCAGGUUAUCUUCAUCCUUCCCUCUCCCUACCAGUUUCUUAUAUCCUGAACAAUAAAGACAAUGUCUAAUUGUGUUUGGUGCCCAGCAUGUAGCAUACAGCACCUAUCACAUACUCUUUUAAUAAAUGUUUGUUGAAUUAACUCGAUUGUACUUGUAUUUUUAUCCUAGUUUUUUUUGAAGAGACUGACUCAGGCACUAACAGUUUUGAAACAUACAUCUAAACCACCGUCUGUGUGAAAUGUAACAGAACA